AUUCUCAAAACCAUCACACAACCACACAUCCCAACAACAGCACUUCUCCUGAAAUUGUUGAGCUUCCAACAUCCACAGCCACUCCUGCAGCUUCCACAACUCUUCGGCCCAUCCAUAAAACUACAUCCUACACAACGGAUGGCUUCCCCAUCACCUCAGCAGCUGCGCCGAAUGUCACAGAAAGUGUCUCCAAUACUACUCAUGCACUCCUUACCUACCCCUCAGCCAAUACCACUG